UACAACACUAUAAAAAGAAAGCACACUUGUUAUUGUUUCAGCAUAGAGUUUUGGAUGAAGAAACGAGAGAGCUUUCGGUUCUGUUAGUUAAAGAAGAAUCAGAGUUCACCCACUGAGUUUCUAAAAGGGCAGGAUUCAGAUGGUUCAGUUAAUGACUUCCUUUAGCAGAAAAGCAGCAGUGAAGCUGGAAGCUGAUGAUUCCUUGGAGGAUCAACUCAGUCCACUUCACAAACGUUCAAAACUUGAUCCUUCUUUACAGGUGAUGAACCCAGAUGCAGUACUGUAUAAUCCACUUGAAGAGCCAAGUCCAAUUGGCUUGACACUGAAAAAGAGUCCAUCUUUUUUGGAUUUGAUUCAAAUGAAGUUAUCUCAGCAAAACACUAGUAAUACUAUGUUGUCAAAGAAACCUAGCAGUGCUGCUGCUGAUAAGCUUAAAGCUUCAAACUUUACUGCUUCACUUCUAAAAAUAGGGAGUUGGGAGUGUAAGUCAAGAUACGAAGGGGAUUUGGUGGCAAAGUGUUAUUUUGCUAAGCAUAAACUUGUUUGGGAAGUGCUUGAUGGUGGUCUUAAGAAUAAGAUUGAAAUUCAGUGGUCAGAUAUUGUGGCUAUCAAGGCAAAUUUUCCUGAUGAUGGACCAGAAACCUUGGAUGUAGUGCUGGCUAGACAACCCCUUUUCUUUAGAGAGACAAAUCCACAACCUAGGAAGCAUACUUUGUGGCAGGCAACAUCAGAUUUUACUGGUGGACAAGCUAGCAUACACAGGCGGCAUUUUCUCCAUUGCCAGCAAGGCUUCAUGGGCAAGCAUUAUGAAAAACUUAUUCAAUGUGAUCCUCGUCUCAACUUUCUUAGUCAACAGCUAGAAAUUAUAUUAGAAUCUCCAUAUUUUGCGCAAAGAGUUUCUGCAUUCAGUGACUUGCAUGAAUCUGGCAAAGGGCUUGGUUCAGAAGUUGAGGAUAGAACAGCUGUUUUUGCUCUGCAGGAAGCAGGACCACCAUCUGGAGUUCUUUCAUCUUCCUUGAACAAUGAAUGCCAAGGUUUAACGUGUCAGUCUCCUCCUGAAAAUAUUUCCCAGAAAACUUCUUCAACUACCUUAGUAAUGGAAACCCAUGCAUUUGAAGAAACUAGGAGCAACAGAACAGGAGAACAGAAGUUGCCAAGCAAUUGUGAUCGGAUUAAAGUGCCCGGACUUCAUCCAUCCAUUUCAAUGAGCGACCUUGUGAACCAAAUUGGACAUUGCAUUUCAGAACAGAUGACCUCUGGAAAUUUUAGCCUCUCUGGUGGUGACAUAAAGAGCAGUGACAUUCUAGAUGAAAUUACUCAAUACUUGCUUGGAGACUCUCAAGCUAUGUCAGCCUCGGAUGAGCAAUCCGUCAUGUCAAGCGUCAAUUCUCUUUGCUGCCUACUGCAGAAGGAUCCUGCAACAGCUUGGGACUUGCAGGCAAAGAGUCUCAGCUAUCUUGAUGUGGAUCAUGAUAGGAGAAUAAACGAAACUAAUUCAGCCACUGCAUCGGUGUGUCAAGGCAAAUUUGUCGAAGGUUUUCCCCCACCUGAGGGAGAGGCCAGUAAUGUUUUCAUUUGCAAGCAGGCACCAGCCAUGUCAAGGAAGGACUCGGUUGGAGAGCUACUUCUUAAUCUUCCAAGUAUUGCUUCUCUGCCACAGUUGUUAUUCAAUAGAUAGGAAGAUUGUGAAAAUGAAGCGGUAUAGUGAUAUAAUUUGCCUCUCGGGGAUUCAGAAAUGGAUAUUGAUGAAGAAUCCUCGGAUGUUCAUAUGGGGAUACUGGUGUCCAUAGUGUUUGAACUAGUGUUUCCUUUGUACAACCUUUUGCAAUCUUAACAGUUUAUGUAAAGCUUGGUGUUUGUAGGGGAUCACAACCUUUUGUAGCCCUAAUAGUGCACGUGGAAUGUGGUGUUGGCGGGGUUUUCAACCGUAGAGCACCUUCUAUGCAACCUUGUCCAAGGGGCACAUCAAUCAGGAUAACAAUUUUUUGCUAGGACUUUUGAGAAAACAUCUUUGAUGGCGGCUAUAGUGGCAGCAUGCCAUUUACUGGAAACCAAGAGAUA